AUGUACUUAAUGUGUGAAAAGUGCCAGCUUUUGCGUCACUACGUAGAAAAAAAAUUAGAUGACCAAACCACAAUGAACUUUUGGGUUGCAAAUUCUAGGAGGUCUAAUAAGCCUGCUCUUGUAAUGCUUCAUGGGUAUGGUGGCAAUUCAAAGUGGCAAUUCAUCCAUCAAGUGGGUUCACUUUCUCAAAGUUUCUAUCUGUACAUACCUGAUCUAUUGUUCUUUGGCAAAUCCUACACCAACAGGCUAGAAAGGACAGAGGUUUUCCAAGCAAAAUGUGUGGCAGAAGGGUUGAAGAGAUUAGGGGUAGAGAGAUUUGCUGUUUACUCUAUAAGUUAUGGAGGGUAUGUGGCAUAUUGGUUGGCUGAGAUGUAUCCAGAGUUGGUGGAGAAAGUUGUGGUUGUGAGUUGUGGGGUUGGGAUGACAGAGGAGCAGAAAAGAGAGCAGAUCAAUAAGGUUGGAAGCAAUGCAUUGAAUCUCCUUGUACCUGAAAGUGCUCAUGAUCUGAGGCUCUUGGUGAAUCUGACAAUGCACAAACCUGGCCCUUCUAAGUGGGUCCCUGAUAUUUUCCUUCAUGGGUUCAUCAAUGUGACCUAUAAACAACACAGGAAGGAGAAAUUAGAGCUGGCAGAGCACUUGCUGAGGAAAAAAGCAGAUAUAGACCUUCCCAUUCUAACUCAGGAAACACUGAUAAUUUGGGGAGACAAGGAUGAUGUCUUCCCUGUGUACUUGGCCUAUCAGUUGCAAAGGCAGUUGGGGCCAAAAUCAAAGGUGGAGAUAAUCAAGGACACAGGUCAUGCAGUAAACAUGGAUUCACCCAUUUCCCUGAAUGCUCUGAUAACUUCAUUUGUUUUGGGUUACUCCUAGUGUGGCAGACUUGCAUUAUCAAAUAUAUUGAAUGAUGUAUUAGUUUUGGGUUAAACAGAGACUGCUGCAGGCUGCAGAUGGAGCAAAAAUGUAUAUAUAAUAUAUGAGUGCGAUAUUUUCAUGUUAUUGGUGAAGUUGGAAUGAGAAGAAACCCAAACACAGAAACAGGGUUAUGCUUGCUUAUGGGUCAUCUUUGAUUAAUUUAUGCAGCUACAGCUGUGAGAUGGCCUAACUUUUGGAAGCAGGCAUGCCUUGAAUCUUGAUGUAACUUUUUUUUGGGUCGAAUCUUGAUGUAACUUUUGUUUCUCAAGAAAUUGCUGUUUGUGCGCUCA